AUGGCAAUCUUUGGUGCCCAAUGGGCGUCCACUCUCGUCGAGCUGCCUACUCUGACAUUCCAUCACGCUAUCCUCCCUCUCAGCAUCUUCUCCGCCUUGCACGGGAUCCGCGUCUCCAUGGCCUACCGCCAGGCUAUCGAACAAGCAGCUGCUCAGUCACUCAGGGACGGCAAGGACCCUCAACCUACUCGUCUGCCCUGGGGCCAGGCACUCCUGUCUGUCCUUGCCAUGUCUCUCGGAGGUGGUUUCUCCGCAAGCAUGUUACUGGGCAUGCCCCCAUCAUGGCUUGGCUCCAACGUCGUCGUCCCUACCUACACGCUGUCGUUCCUCUUGAUCCAGUACACCUACUUGUAUGACAUCCUCAAGGAUAUGGUCCCACCAGCUGUCCUGGACUCUGUCCUCAUUGUCGCCGAUGGUUCUCUUAGAGCACUUUCAAUCGCUAAGCUUGGAGUCGAUGGAUCCAGAAUGCGUUUUGCUGCCGACAGCCACUACCCCGGUGCCACAGAACCCUGGUUCGCCAUGCUAUUUUUGGGAAUGAUUUCUGGUUCGGGUGGUGGAAUGUGGGGCGACCUUUUGAAGCUCAAGACUCACAAGUGGACCCUCUCGACACCAUCCUGGGCCAGUGCUGCGACCUACGACAUGAAGGCUGCGUUGCUAAGUGCCUUCUUCUACGCUGCUUCGACUUCUCCUCAGUUUUACAGUCUUUUGCACAACGGCGGUAGCGAUGAUGUUGACAAGGAGGGGGGUUUUGUUGCUCACGGAGGCAUGCUCGAGACUCCGGAUGCCAAGGCGAUGACCAUGUUGGUCAUGUGCACACUAUUGCUAGGAAAGCGCGCUGAGGAGACUGUUGUCCAAAUGGCCAAAUCCUUCCAAUCCAACGCAACUACUACUGCCGUCCCGCCUCGCAAGUCUCUCCGUUCAUCUUCGACUGCAGCCUCCAAGAAGAAACACGACGACGAGAUUGAGGAGGACGAUGACGAGUCGAGCUACAAGCCUUUGACGCGCCGAGGCUUUGAUGACACUACUGAGGAGGAGGAAGAAGAAGAGGGGGAGGAGGAUGAGGAACAAGAGGCCAAGAAGAACACUCGUGGAGGCGGUAGGAAGAAGUCUUCAACAACAACAACUACUACUACUACAACAAGCAGAAGAUCAGCAAAGUCGGCCUCUGUAGAGCCAUCGUCGUCAGAAGUGCCAUUGAUCCGUAGCACGCGACUCCGCAAGCCUACACGCCAGGAGUUAUAA